AUGGCUCCCAAGAAACGACCUACGAAUGUAGUUCGAUCCGGGAAUGCCGGCAAUUCCACCAAGCCCACCAAAGAGAAAGAGAAGGAUGAAGCCGCGAAAACAGAUGGUCCACCUAGACCACCACCUCUAUUUCCAGCAGGAUACAAAUCACCGCUGACAAUGUUGAACGAGAAAUGUCAGAAAAUGGGCUGGGAGAGACCAACAGUAGAAACACGUCCAAAUAGAGGUUCGGAUCCUCAAACUUUUACUGGUUUCGUGAUACUGAAAAAGCGAGUCAGCAAGAACGUAUACAAUCUGGAUGAAGUCCGUUUGCAACCUCACACACCUUUGGCAAUAGAGACUUCGGCAGAAGCUCGGCAUUAUGCAGCUACAUAUGCCUUGUUCAGAUUCUGCUCUCAUUUACCUAUGUCUAUGACUCUUCCACCGACCAUACGUCCUUAUUGGUCCACUCUUACAGCUGAGAAGGCAGCUUCACCUCCACAUCAAGCAUGGGAAUAUGACCCGGAUCCAUUUUCUGCUAAGAAGGAAGUCGAAAAUCGUCAAAGUAAAAAGAAAGAAAAGGAAGCUGCCAAAGAAGCAGAUGAGGUUGGAAGAGGUGCAGGAUCAAAUGGAAGGGAAACACCUGCUACUAGAGAAGCAGCCAAAGGUGGCGGUGGAGUGGAGUGGGAAAGAGCUCCAGAGGUGAAAAUGGCUUCUAGCUUGAGGGAAACUGUGGAAGCAACCGUUCGAAAAAUGAUGCAACAAUUUCCCUCUGCUGUGUUGGAAGCAAGUCGAGAUGCUACCGCUACAGCUUCUACUGCUCCUUCUGGCGUUUCCACUCCUUCCCUUGAUUUGGUCUCCCUAAAAUCCCAAUUAACUAAUUUAGGCUUUCGAAUAACUCAUAUCACGUCUGCUCUCUCUGCUCUUUCCGCUGCGAACGCUCGUCUACACUCUUCCUCAUCUUCGACCAGAGACCCGCUCGUUUUAUCUCUCAGCAUUCUUUCCCCUUUGGAAGCAGCGAUCGAAUGGCUUCUACUUCAUUUACCGGAAGACGACUUACCACCUCGAUAUAGACCUUCAAGCUCUUCAGCAGAUUUCAUCACUGGUGCAUCUACCACGAGCGGAGGUAAAACAGCUCUUGUGAAGGGCUGGUUAGUGGAUAAAUUGGUCAAACAAGCUGGAUUUCCUAGAAAAGCAGUAGAAACGAUUUUAGCUGAAGAACAAAGAGAAUCGGUAGCUUUGGAUCUGUUGGGCAGACGACUUUGUGGAUGGGAAUCAGAUGAAAGUGGUUGGGGAGUCGACGAAUAUGGAGCCGGCUGGUCGGGAGACGAAACAACUGAAGAUGAACGACGGAUCACUCGAGAAGAAGAGAUUAUGGCAUUGGAAGCUGUUUUGGGAGAACGAUAUGAACAGAUAUCAGCAACAGAAUCAGCUGUAGAAAUAAUAUCAGAGACAACAGCAGAUCAAAUAAAGCUACAUAUCCUCUUUGACCAGGAUUCACCGUAUCCCUCGCCGGAAUAUCCCACACAUACACCAUCGUUCUACAUCUCGUCCAACACUUUACCAGCUUAUAUACGACUGCACCUGCAUGCACAGAUUCUUCGAGCCUUCAGAGAUCCUGAAAGACAUGAUCUGACGUCGGUAUUGGAAUCCGGCUCGGGAGGAGCUAUUCUGAUCAUGGUAGAAUACCUCGAAUCCACGCUCACAGAAGUACUGGAAACGCCACCUGAUGUUGGAGAGGUGACCAAAUACCUCAUCCCGAAGGUCGAAGACGUGAUCUCGUCUAAGCCGAACGCACCGGUGAAAAGGAAACACAAACAAAGCAGGGAUACAUAUACACGCAAACUACCUACAGCAGAAGAAGAAGAAGCAGUGAAGAAAAGACAGAAAGGCAUGCUGGAUGAUCCAACUUAUGCGCCGAUGUUAUCCGAUCGCAUGAAAUUGCCUGCGUGGAAGGAGAGAGAUAAUAUUACGAAAGCAUUGGAAUCGAAUAGAGUAUUGGUCGUCGUUGGUGAAACUGGUUGUGGUAAGAGUACACAAUUACCUCAGUUUAUACUAGACCACGAAAUUGAAGCGGGUAGAGGCGCAUCAACGAGCAUCGUCGUCACUCAACCUAGACGAGUGGCAGCCAUGGGAGUUGCUGCUCGAGUGGCCCAAGAGCGACUGGAAGACGUGGACAAGUCUCCAGGAACUGUCGGAUACGCUAUUCGUGGUGAAAGGAAAUCCUCGUCUGACACAAGGCUUUUAUUCUGUACCACUGGUGUAAUAUUGAGGAGACUUGGUAGUGGUGAUCCUGAUUUACUGGGAGUCAGUCAUGUCGUCGUUGAUGAAGCACACGAAAGAGGUGUGGAUACAGAUUUAUUGAUCUGCCUGUUAAGGGAUUUGCUGGAAAGGAACAAGACAAUCAAGGUUAUUUUGAUGUCUGCUACUAUCAAUGACUACUUUAAUGGAUGUCCGAGUCUCACCAUACCUGGGUUUACUCAUCCUGUAACUGAUCAUUAUCUCGAAGAUGUGAUAUCAGAAGUACGCUAUAAACCUCAAGCAUCGCGGUUCGGACCACGACAAACAGAAGAACAGAAAGCGUCUAUUCGAGCUGAGUUUUCGAAACUCAACCUCGACCUUGAUUCUCAACGUGCAUUAGAAAUUCUCGCUGCAUCCGAUAGGAUCGAUUAUGGACUCGUUGCAGCAAUCAUCAAACACAUAGUGGACAACGCAAAGAGUACAGCCGGUGCGAUAUUGAUAUUCAUGCCUGGUGUAAUGGAAAUUCGACAAUGUAUCAAUGAACUACAGAGUUCUUCACUUGGCCCAGUCGAAAUCAUGGCUCUGCAUGCCAAUCUCUCUUCGGCCGAGCAAAGGACAGUUUUUUUACCCACUGCUCCAAGGAGGAAAAUCGUCGUAGCGACCAAUGUAGCUGAAACUUCAGUCACCAUUCCUGAUGUGAUUUACGUCGUGGACGGAGGAAGAGUAAAAGAAACUCAAUAUGAUGCCGACAACGGUAUGCAAAAGUUGGUGGAAUGUUGGACUAGUAGGGCUUCAGGAAGACAAAGAAGAGGUCGAGCAGGUCGAACUCAACCAGGACAAUGCUAUAAGCUGUAUACCCGAAGAACGGAAAACAAUAGCAUGCCUCGAUUCCCUAUUCCUGAGAUCCUGAGAACACCACUAGAAGCAUUGUUCUUACAAGUGAAAGCGAUGAACGAAGACACGGAUGUAAAAGAGUUCUUGAGUAAGGCAAUAGACCCGCCUAAGAUGGACGCCAUAAAUGCGGCUUGGCAGACACUGCAAGACCUCGGGGCAGUCGAGAGUGAAGAUCAUAAAAGUCGAUUAACGGCAUUAGGUCGUCAUAUGAGUAUGAUUCCUGUGGAUCUGCGACUGGCCAAGAUGCUGGUUCUCGGAACGAUUUUCAAAUGUCUCGAUCCUAUACUUACCAUCGCUGCUCUUUUAUCGUCCAAGCCACUGUUCACAUCUCCAAUGGAAAAGCGGGAUGAAAGCAAGAAAGCUAGAGAGUCAUUCUCUUGGGCAAGAUCCGACUUACUGACGGAUGUGAGAGCCUAUGAUGCUUGUAUGGCUGUAAGAGAAAAAGGUGGAACGCAUAGCGCAGUAAGGCAUUUCUGCGAACAGAACUUCAUCAGUCAGACCACUGUUAGAGAUAUUACUUCACUUCGAUCAGAUUUCUUAACAGCUUUAACUUCAAUCGGAUUUAUCCAUCCUUCCCAAUCUGAGAUCACCAAGUUCAGCGUCCAUUCAAAGAUUGAUAAUUUGGUCAAAGGAGUUAUAGUUGGAGGUUUAUAUCCUAGAAUAGCAAGGAUAGCAAUGCCAAAAGCUCAAUUUGAGAGAGUUCAACAAGGUGCUAUACAAAAAGACCAUGAAGCGAAAGAGGUCAAAAUGUUCGAUUCAUCAGGAAGAGUAUUUAUCCAUCCCACCUCGGUACUAUUCAAUGAGUCAGGAUUCAAAUCUGGUUAUUUGACCUAUUUCGGUAAAGCUGAAACGUCAAAAGUAUUUUUAAGAGAUGCAACCGAGGUACCAUUGUAUGGCUUACUGUUAUUCGGAGGUGGGAUAACGAUCAAUCACUGGGCGGGAGGUAUAAUGAUUGGGAAAGACGGUUUUGUCAAAUUAAGAGCUGGUACUAGAAUUGGUGUUCUAUGCUCACAGCUGAGACGGUUACUCGAUGCUCAACUUGCUGAACAGAUCGAGUCCCCACAUGGUAUAGACAUGUCAGGUCAUGAAGAAGUGAUUGGAGCAAUGAUGGCUUUGUUGCAAAGGGAUGGACUCUCUUUGUGA